UUGACUUUUGUCAUGUUCAAUAAUUUUUUGUGAUUGCUGACUGCUGAUUGCGAUUUUUAUAUUUGCUAUAAAAAUAUUUGGAAUUUGAUUUAAUAAAAUGGGUAUUAAAGAAGCGGCGAUAUAUUUAGAUAAUCAGUGGAAUACCUAUUAUGCCGGCCAAACAGUGAACGGAAGGAUAGAAUAUGUUUUCGAUAGCCCCAAAAAAGUUCGAGGAAUUCAUGUAAAGUUUAAAGGUGAAGCCCACACUGAAUGGAGUGAAAGCAAGCAAGAGGAGGAUUCUGAAGGUAAAACACAAUCAACUGACACACUUCAUCAAGGCAAUGAAGAAUACUUCCAAAUAACUUAUUACUUGCUGGGAAGUAGCACUGGAAAUGAGAUAGAGAUCCCUGCAGGCAAACAAGUAUACAACUUCACAUGUGCAUUGCCUCCGGUUUUACCCUCCUCUUUUGAGGGACAGUAUGGUUAUGUCAGGUACACUGUUAAAGUUACUCUUGACAGACCAUGGAAAUUUGAUCAGGAAACUAAGAUGGCUUUUACUGUUAUCAAUGCAUUGGAUUUGAACCUUAAUCCAUCAUACAGGGAGCCAAUACAUUUCCAAAUGGAAAAAACAUUCUGCUGUUUCUGUUGUGCAUCACCACCGCUGUCUGUGGAUGUGCAAGCUCCGGUGUCUGGGUACUGUCCUGGACAAGUGAUACCGCUGACUAUAGACAUUGAGAACAAGAGCAAUGUUCAGCUGCAUCUUAUUAAGAUUUUCCUAAGAAAGGUUGUCACUUAUAGAGCAACAACUCCAACCACUGCGAUUAAAAAGUCCAAAGAUAUAAUAAUAACUAUGCAAGAGGGACCUGUGCCAGCUGGAAUAACCAAACACUGGAAUUUGAAUCUGGAAAUACCACCAAUACCUCCCUCAAACCUGGUUAAUUGCAGUAUUAUUGAUUUGGAUUAUGAUUUGAAGGUUGAGUGUGCAGUGUCAGGCAUGCACAUGAAUUUGAAGGACCGCAAGUACAUAACAAUUGGCACCGUGCCACUGGUUGGUAUGGUAGGGCAGGCUCGGCCAACGCCGUCCGCCCCAGUACAGCCGGCGUCUCCGAGCCAGCCGGCUGUGUUGCCAGUGGCGCCAGGCCAGCCUGCGCAACCUGGAAUUGUACAAGGUGGAGACUCAAUGCCAGGAGGUUGGAUGGUACCAGGAGCUCCGCAACCCCAAGCCCCUCAUCAGUCGCUUUAUCCUACAUUAACGGAGCCAGUGUACAAGGAGUCUCCGUAUACCGCGCGUACGAUUCACGACCGCGGCGAAAGCAGCCACAUGAUCACUAGCCCGACCCGGUUCGCGCCCUACUACCCCACGUACGCGGCCGUGCUACCCCCGCCCUUGCCGCAGUGAACAGGAGACUUCGACCGCGGCGAUAACAGUCACAUGGUCACCAGUCGAGCCGGUUCGCGCCCUACUACCAUUCCUGACCAUUUGGUUUCCCGCUCAGUAUGUAUGAAAGAAUAAGAAGCGGGAAUAUUCACUUCACUGUAUGUCGUCUAGAGUUUUUUUUACCUGAAAUCAACUAUAAUAGGAGGUCCGUUCAAUAUAACGCGCGAUAAUGGGCGCACUCACAUACACGCGUACAAUAUUGAACUUAGCUUGCAUUUGACUAGUUAGUUGCUUAGUUAAGCAAACUUUUUAACAGUUUUAUAUAUUAAAAGUUAAAAUUAUGAAUAGGUAUAUUGGUUUUAUAUUUACAUAAUUGGGAAUUAUUGAAGAAUGAUAAUGACUAAAAAUUGUGAAUAGUAAAGCUGUACAAUCUACUGCGUUUGAGUAUUUAAAUAGUUUACUUCUAGUACUAGGAAAUGCGCUGAGAAGAUAUAAAUUCAGGAAAAUUUUGAAGUUGAGUUUCGAAUGAGCCGAUAACUCUUACCUUAGCAAUCAAACGAAUUUUCUACCGUCCAAUCAUCACACUUUUAAUAUACAGAGAAAUAAAAAUUAAAUACAGAUGUAGACUUAUUAUUGUAUAAAAAUUUUAAUGAAAUAAAGAUAGAAAAUUGUACAUCACAAUAGGUCCUUAAGGCUAGAUGUGCAUUGGAUGCUAUCACCUGAGCGUCUAGCCUGUAGAACCUAUGAAGACAAGAAAACCUCUCAAGAAAAAGGUUAAGCUUUCUCGAAGAGGUUUGUUUACAGCGGCUAUAAAUUGAAAUGCUUAAUAUUAUUGCUUUCGUUCUAUUAAGGACGCGCGAACCGCCAUCGAUCGUCUCCAUAGUACUCGUAGCUAGGGUCCCCGAGCAUUAGGCAGCCUGGGUGCGGCAGCCACUCCGAAUCCGACAUCUAUAUCUAUACUAAUAAAUAAAAUUGAAGUGCCUGUCUGUUUGAACGGGCUAAUCUUCGGAACGGACUAUCACAGACAAGUAGAGGAUUAAUGAAGGAGUAACAUAGGCUACUUUUUUAACCGACUUUAAAAAAUGGAGGAAUUGUGUUUUUCUAUCUAUGUACACCGACAUCUCCGAGAUCUCUGAACUGAUUUGCGUAAUUUUUUUUUUUUAAUCGAGAGAGGAACUUUGCGACAUUGUUCCAUAAAAAAAUUGGAUUCCAACUCCUCAAUCCGGAUGCCGCAAGGUAUGUGACCAAUCCACGCGGGCGAAGCUGCGGGCAUCAUCUAGUCUGGAAUAUGACGCGAUAGCGCAUAGAUCGGAUUGACUGCCGCAGCCAGGCUGCCCAGUGCGCGGGGACUUUAGCUUCUAUGGAGAUUGGAGACGCUCAAAGACAGUUCUCGCGUCCUUAUACGAAAGCAAUUCAAUUCAUAGCUGCUAAAAACAGCCGCAGUCUGGCUGCCUAGUGCGUGGACUACCUAACUCAGCUGCUGAAGAAAAAUGAUCGGCCGAAGAGGCGAUAGUAGCUAAUGGGUGUACAGCCUUAUUCACAAAUUCAAAUGUCCUAUUUUUCUUAUACAGAUUUUUAUACCUACGACGAACAUCGUGUUUACCAAUAACUUUCUGAUGAAUCUAUUAUAAAUUAAGGAUUACAAAAUUUCGAUGCAUUUUGCGUAUGUUAAUGAAGAUAACUAAAUAAAAAUUAGUAGGUAUUUUGCGUGUUUUUGUUUAUAUGGUUUUGAUCUAGUUAAGAAAGCUACGUAACGUAACUACGUAAUUAACGCUAGUACUUAGUACGUACGUACAUAUUACAGUUUUAAUUUUACAUCCAAUGUUUUAGCCUUUCUAAAAAUGCUCCACUGUACCUAGAGCUUCACUUAUUUGCCUAGAUCGAAACUAUAUUGCAUAAGAUUGAAUGUACGUGCCAGUGCCUAAUUAUAAAAUAGGUGUGUAAUAUGUACUUGUAAUUGUUACCAUUAGAUAUUAAAACUUACUCCGAUUCCAAUAGAGAUUAAAUAUAACUUGGAUGUCACGUUUUGUUAUCUGUAACUUGAAAAUCCUCAGUAUGGACUAGAAGUAACUGGGUGUGAAUACCGUCUGUUAUAUCGACCCUUGGCAGAAUGAAGUGUACCUAGUAAUUGUAAUUUGUAACUAAUCUAAUAUCUAAUAUAUUAUAUUAUUAUUGGAUUCUAACGUUUUUGCUUUUUUUUGAUUAUAUUAAUAAUUAUUUUUCUUUUAUUUUGUAGAUUAUGUUAAGUCUAAGGUUGGUUUUAUGGCACAAAAUAUGUUUAACAAUUUUUACAAAUUAGUACCUAACAGUUUUAUAAAGGUGUAACCGGUAUCGUUGAUAGAUUUUUUUUUUACCUACUCUUACAAAUUUUGGAAAAUUCUAUAUUAUGCUAUUUCAUAUAAUCUUUUUUCAACCAACUUGUGAUACUUAUGGUAUGUGGUAGCCUGGUAGCUAGUAGAGUUACAAAUUUAAAAUUUUAUUUACCUUACUACUGUUUCACAAUCUCCAGAUAAACUUUAUUUAACAAAUAACUUUGACGUUCUGACAGUUUUUGUACUGGGAAUCUGUCAAAAUGUCUUUAUCUAAUAGAUAAAGUUUAUCCGGCAAUUAUGACACAGGCCCUUAACUUAAUUUUAUGUUUUAAGUAAAAGACGUUCGCAAUUAUUAUAUUAGGUAUUAUAACUGAAUAAUUAUUUAGUAUUUACACUGCUGUUGCUAUUUUUUACAUCAUUUAUUAAUUUGUAAGUUAUCUCGAUUAAAAAAUCUCAAAUGUCGAAUAAAUUAUAUUGCUUUAGUAUUAGCAUUUCUUUACACAUUUUGUAUAUUAUAAAGAUUAUAAA